GGAGUACAAGUCUCUCCUCAAGGAAGCGCGUGAGCCAGACACCCGAUGAAUGAGACUCGAAUUCCAACUCCUCGCGCAGCCAACGCGGGUGUACACUGACACUGCAGGGAAGCGAGGAGCCUCUUCAAGUGCGAGAGAUUUACUGUAGACUUUUUGUGUUGUACUACCGUACACUAUCCGUUUUUUUUUUUCGUUUCAAAACAUCAAAACGUUUAUUUGUUUUGAACAGGCUAGAAAACGCAUUAUUUAAAAACACUUGGUAAAUCUGUUACUCUCCUACUCGAGAGGACGAUGAGCACACGUCUUCAAGUCAGAAAGCUCGCGCAAGAACAGAGAACACAAGCGUAAGAUUCCGAACCAUGAGCCGAUCAGCCCAGUGAAGGCCGCAGUGACUCGGACCCGGCCGCACCGCGGCGUAGCGCCAUGACGGAGCUGAGAGACAGCGAGCUGAAGGCGGGGGCGGGCGCGGCACCGGACACGCCGCGCGCGGAGAAGCCGCGGGACGGCCGCGGGGAGCGCACGGUGACGAUGGCGGACGCCCCGCUGGUGAGCGAGGUCCAGCUGACGGCGGCCACGGGCGGGGCGGAGCUGUCCUGCUACCGCUGCACGGUGCCGUUCGGCGUGGUGGUGCUGAUCGCCGGCCUGGUGGUCACUGCCGUGGCCUACGCCUUCAACACGCACGGCUCCACCAUCUCCGUGCUGGGCCUGGUGCUGCUGUCCGCCGGCCUGCUGCUGCUGGCCGCCAGCGCCGCCUGCUGGAAGGUCCGCCGCCAGCGCCAGAAAGAGCGCCGCAGGGAGAGCCAGGCCGCCCUGGUGGCCACGCGGGGAAGCGCGUUUGUGUAGGCCAGAGCCAGGCCGCCCUGGUGGCCACGCGGGGAAGCGCGUUUGUGUAGGCCAGAGACAGGCCGCCCUGGUGGCCACGCGGGGAAGCGCGUUUGUGUAGGCCAGAGACAGGCCGCCCUGGUGGCCACGCGGGGAAGCGCGUUUGUGUGAGCGAGAGGCCCCAGCAGGGAUGAACAGGGGAUGCCUGGAGUGCGUUCCAACACGGGUGCAUUCCAACCCCUUAUUUUAUUCGUCCUUUGUCUCCGAGGUCCUUGACUGACCCGGGAAAUUGAUCAAGGUGCGCCAUCUUCGAGGACAUUCUAACCCGUUAAAUGCUCCUUCAAGGAGCCAGAAGCUAGGAGGCUCCAUAAGAAUUAUUCAGCAAGGAAACACGAGUGCAUCCUUUGGACCUCAGUGACACAAAGCCAUUAAUCUAUUAAUAUCCAGUGUUCUCCGUUGCCGUGGCGUCUCCCUGGAGACCAUUAACGGCUUUGCCCUCAAACAUUCGGGCCGCGUCGAAGUGACGGACGCAAGGCUGGCAGAAGUGAUGGUGAUGAAGACGAACAGCCAGGCGCCGGCCGGGGGGAAAGAAAAUGGCUUAUUAAUGACCUUUAAUGUGGGAAUAAUUCAAUUUGGACGACUAAGCAACGAAGACAGACCCGGCGGAGAUGAGAACCAGGCGGAGGAGUCUCCUUUCACUGCCACCACAGAAGAAGAGCUCUCUCGGUUAGCCUGGCGCUCAGAUACUGCAGUGCAGAGGAGUGACUCUGGAAAUGAGAGACCCGUUUUAACAUGUUACCCAGAAAACCCUGUGUAUCCGGUAUGGACAUUCGUUUUGAAAUUGUACUUGCUAAUAUCCAGUAUUAGAUAAAUCAAACGCAGGUCUGAGAUACAUAAUAAAUGUAUAUCACGCAUCUCAUUUAUGUGACUGAAGGAAAAACAGUAAUUACAGGAUUACUACACUAUAAAAAUAGUGUAUAUUUCAUUGACUUCUUCUGUUUAUUGCUGCACAUGCUUUGCCCAGCAAGCAUUGAUAUUCAGAGCAGCCACCUUGUCACUGUGGGAUUUAAACUGGCAACCUUGUCGUUAUCUAGAGGUUCAGUUCUGUGACUAUGAUUUUUUUAAUAAAAGCAUCUGCUGUUGUGGCAAAUUUCAUGAAAAA